GUGACCGGAAGCGUGCGCGGUCCCUCUGCAGCUUUGACAGCAGGUCCCUUUUUACCUCUUUGCUUUUCCUUAUUCCACCCUGCCUCGCUCUUUCUUUCUCUAUUUAAAGCGUCUUAGCCUCCCGUAUGAGUGUAUUUAUUUAUUUAUGCAUCUUAUUUGAAAGUGUUUAGGUUUUAUUUUUAACCUUUUUUAGUCCUUCCUCAAAUGAGAAGACGUAAAAGAUGGAGCUUCAUAUUUUAGAGCACAGCCUGAAAGUGGCGAGUAUAGAGAAAGAGGGGAUCCAGAUUUGCACUCACGGAUUAAUCAAACUGGCUUUCUUGGCCUCAAAAACAAGGUAGGUAACUUCUGAGAGGACACACACACACACACACACACACACUUGAGUGUCGUGAAUGUGUGUUUUUCAGAUCUGGACGUGUGUGUUUACUGUGAACAUUACAGCAAACUAAUGUCUGCAUGGAGUUGUGUUAACAGACAGUGGUGUUAAUGCAGCUUACAGUUGAUUUGUGUAGUUGUACUUUGUGCUUUUGUGUUAUUCUGAGUGAGUGUGUGUGUGUGUGUGUGUGUGUUUGCUCUCAGUUUCCAGGCCUAUCCUUGUUCUGUAGUGUCAUUUUGGAGCUUUGUGCCAUCUGUAGCUGGGUCGUCGCCAGUGGGGGUGUGUGUCCCUCUACUGUAUGUGUGUCCGUGUGUGUGUGUGUGAGUCUGUUUUUGUCCUUUUCACACGGAUGUUUUCAACCAAACUUCAGCAAACAGGGCAGGACAUUAUUAGCAGAUGUCACAUAGUUAGGUAUUAAUCCUUUAGAUUACAGCAGCAGCAGCAGCAGCAGGCCCGCACACUUUAGUUUUAUUACCUCCACCGUCUUUUAAUAUUAUCCUAAACAAAUAAACCCAACAGACUCUCUGCCUGUUUGCCCUGUGAGCUGGUAAUCAAAACUCCCUCUGAGCUGAAGGUAAUGAUGAAACACAGGCUCUCAGGUGGAUUUGUCUCCUGUAACAGUUUAAAGGUUUUCAUUAAAGGCUGAAAAACAAGGUUAAAUUCAGGUUUCAGAUGCAUAAAACAGAGCAGAUAAUCCUCAUUCUAGUGUAACUUGAACUGUAAAGACUGUUUUCCUCCAACUAAAAAAGGCCGCUGGGGUUUAGGUUCGCUUGCAUCUGUGACUCGUCUAAUUAUCAGUCCAGUUUGAGUGUUAAAAAAGUGAUUUAUUGUUCAAAAUAGCAAAGAAAACACGUUUAAAACUUUGCCUUCAAAUAAAGGGGGUUUGCUGAAAUGAGGUUGAAACAGGACGAGUGAAACAGUGAAAAACUGUCUAGAGAAAAUUAUCAGUGCUACCAAACCAGUUGUCUGACUACACCUGUGACAUUUUAAAUAACCCGCCAAACAUCCCAAAACCACACCCCUCAGUGACGAUCCCCAGAAGUGACGUAUAGAUUAGAAAUCAUACCUCCAAUAUAUAUUUUGGCAUGUGCCUGAGGAACAGCGCAGCCGUUAAACUGAACACCCUGAUACAACCCUAAUCCCUAAAACCUAUAUUCAUAUGAAAGUAGUGCAAAAACAAGAUUUUCUUGUUUGGUACUUGGUCUCUCUUACCCCCAAUUUCCACCGCACCUUGGAUGUCUACGACAAGGCCAUAUCCUCCAAUCAUAAUCAUUCAAGUUAACGUGUCAUUUUCCACCGACUUCUUUCCGUUCCUCUGCGGAUCGCCGGACUCCUCAGCUGAUCACAAGAGUUCUAUUUUUUCUGGACGCCGGAGCAUGGCGGAUAAAUUCAGCACAGAUUAACCCGUGCUGGAAAGGAAGUCGGGCACAGACACAAAAUAAAACAUCCGGCUUCUUUUCAAAAUAAAACACUCCGUGUUUCAGGAGGAUCGUAUUUCACACCAUGCAAACGGGCGGAGACGAACAAGUGAAAGGUUUUUAGACGUCAUUUCACCCCGAUGGCGUACAGCGAAAAUUGCAACCAUUCCAGAUUGGAGCCGUUCUGGAUGUGGUGGAAAUCCCGGGUUACUAUAGGGCCAUUAAAGUAAUGCAAUAGACUCUUAAACAUCCCCACACCAUCAUAGAUGCCGGCUCUUUAACUGUGUGUCAGGUGGUCUAGGGACAUGGGACAUCCAUGAUUUCCAAAAAGACUCUCAUACUUUGAUUUGUCAGACCAAAGGCUGAUUUUCCAGUCUGAGUUAAUCCAUUUUAGGUGAACUUGGGUCUGGAGAAGUCACGGGCAUUUCUAGAUAAGCUGUAUUGGAUCUUCUAUCUUUAGAGUCGAGGACAGAGUAUCUUCAGGAUAUCUUUGAUUUGUCAGAUUUCAAUUUGUGAGACCAGAGGCAGGUUUUCCACUUUCCCUGAGUCCAUCUGAAGAAAGGCUGAGAUGAUGAAAAGUCAGUGAUUUAUUGAGUUGAGCCUGGUGGGGCGGAUGGGUGUCCAUGAUUUCCGAGAAGAAUGUGAACUUGGAUUUCUGCAGUUGCCUCAGUGAGGGUAGGGCCAAGGGAAGUCAUGGGCAUGUAUAUCAUCAGUUGUUUUGAGCCCAUGCAGUGAUUUCCACUACAGAAUCAUGUCUGUUUUUCCACCAUCAGCUGGUCAAUCAUGUUUUCAACUGGACCUGGUUUUAGAUCCUCGGUAAAUACCUUCACAUAGUAAAGUCCUUUAAUCGUUGUUAAAUGACGCUGUAGUUCCUGCUCACGGCUCCGUUUGUUGUCGUGAUCGCUGGAAUAAAUAACACACAUUCUGUUAUUUUUCCAGCCGAUGCCAAACACCUUUCCGAGUGUGAACUGAUUUGUUUUAGUGGUGGAAAAUAGCCAACCACAGCUGCCAAGGCUGUUGCACAAGUCUUGUAAGAGAAGCCGCCGCAGAGCUGCAUGUCCACAUAUCAUCCUGUAACACCAGUAAACACGCUCACAACCAGACUGUUUGGAUCAGGAUCUCUCUCUCGUAUUUUUGCUGGUUUUAAACAGAUUAGGAGUCAUAAUUCGACCGAGGGCACCUGUUAAAGCUCUGAUAUUCUCUUUGAGUACAAACAAGUGCUUCAUGUUUGCAGACGUCUUUAAUUUUUCUGAACUCUUCUUGACUGUCCUCUCAGGAUAAAGCUCCUGAUUGUACAGGUGGAGGAGGUCAUUUUGGUUCAGGUGAAGCCGACUGUGUAUCUCUUCUGUUAAAUCUGAGGAUAUAUUGUUCUCCCUGACUCCUCUAUCCAAACCCUGUACAGAUUUAUUCGGUCAUUAAACUGAAACUCUAUUGUCAGUGUCUGAAACCGAAGAGCAGAGGUUAUUGUGUCGAUGUCACUGAGGAAGUAAAAAUAUGACCAUAGUGUUACAGAAAGGUAGCAGAUCUCUGACGUGUAACUGGGUACACAGUUACAUGUCGGAGAUCUCUUUAUCGCAGUUGCGCUAUAUAACCACUAGAAGGCGCUGUCUGUAUUCAAACACUUCCUAAUCCCAAUAAAUCAGUAGUUAUCAGACAAAAACUUGUUCUUGUAGACGCACUUCAAAUAAGUACUAAAUUAUAGCCAACAUCACAGAUAAAUCACAGAACUGCAUUUGACAUUUUAAGGCCGAUUUAUGACAGAAAGUAAAAUUACUUAGAAAUAAAAUCAUUGAACAUUUUCACAGACAAGAAAACUUACUUUGAUAUCCAUGAGAAAUUUCAUAGCCUGGCUCCAGAUAUUUCAUCAGCUGAAAUAAAUCCGACACAGGCUGCUCGUCGACGGCCACCGUGUCAGCUGUUAAGUUGCUGAUAUGUUCACUCCGUACCUUGUCACAUUUCAUCGGCCUGUUGGAUGUUUAAUCCCUCAUGCUAGCCUGUGAACUGCGAGCGGUAGCACCGACGCCAGCAGCAGUCUCUCCCUCCAUCUUGUUCGGGCGUUUCCAUCGCAGGUGCUGUUGUUGUAAGCUGACUUUGCCUGACAUAACCAGGGCCCGACUGAUAUGGAUUUUUUGGGUCCGAUGCCGAUACUGAUUAUUAGGGGGAAAAAAAAUCUGAUUACCUUGAGCAGAAAACUCAUUUCAAAUCCUUUUUAUCGCUAAAACAACCGAAAAAGAAUGAGGUAUUUUGUGUAAAGUGCAAACAGUUAACUUCCAACUUUUUUGCUCAACAUCCUCUAAAAUAAAUAGCCUGUAUGAAUAAAUAAAAAUAAAGCUGACUCACGUACAUGAUAGAAAAUAUACUGUAGGCGACUGCUCUUCAUGCCGACAGGAAGACCGACUCAUCAUCUCAGUAAUAUUCCACGUAUUUAUCAUGAAUCAAACUCGGAUCAGGGAAGCCUUUUCAGCUAGAGCUAGCGCAGACAUGUGGUGCUAGCUCUGCUAAAAUCAGUCCAACCUGAUUCACCUGCAGCUUUUUAACUCUUCUGUCUUGGAUUUGUGAGUAAUCCUGUUUUUUUAGUUCCUGUAGUUUUAUCUCUACAUGCUGAACCGGGUCUUUGUUGGAGUCUCCUCUCUGUGGUUUUCGGGUCAUUUCGGCGCCACUUCUUCGCUCUUCCUUCACUUCAGCCUCGAUAUAACUGAGCAGAGACGGUCUGUGAUGUAAGGGAGUUUUUUCAGGGUCAGCUGGACAAAGGCUUCAGUGUUUGGGGUGACUUCCUAAAUGGUGCACCUUUUUCAUCAGAGGUUGGAUGUUUUUCUCGCCGUGGCAGCCGUCCAUUAGCGAUUAUAUAAGUUCAUAUCAUUUCUCUGAAGAACGCCGGUGUCCUCUGGAUGACUCCGGUUUUGCAACUGGUUUAUUUUCCUUGUGUCUUUCUCUCCUCCUCGUGUUUCCUUCCAGCUGAGUUUUCUCGCUCCACUCGCAUCUCUCUGUCUCCUGCAGCUGAAGCAGAAACCUGCAAACACCUUCAGACCUGAGUGGACUUUGUUCCUCCUCUUUUCAGAUCCUGAUUUACUUUAUCAAACUUUUUUUUACAUCUUUACCUGUAAAAUAUCUGCUCUUGUAUUUGUUUUUCUUUGGUAUUCAGAACAAGUUACUUGGUACUGAGAUGAUAAAGGAGAUGGUAAUGUGCACUCCUGAGAUUUGCUCUCAGAGUUAGUGAAUAGGAGGGGGACGGUUCAGUAAAAGCCUCAGUGUGAUGUCCUCUGGCUCUUCCACUAAAACAGAAAAACUCUUACUGUUAGUCUUCACACAAUGCAAAAAAAUUCAAGACAGUCUGGCUGCAGACCUCCACAGAGAGGACCUGAUGUUGUUUGAAACCUUUCAAAAUAAAAGCAAAUAUACGGGGAGUACGUUUUCCUUUUCUCUCGUCUGAAGUGGAUUUGAAUCCUUUCAAAGUAAAAGCGAUUACACCGGGAAGUACCUGUUUUUUUGUCUUGUGUGAAUACAUUUUAUUUCUUGUGCCUUUUUUUUAAUGUAAAAUUGUUUAAUAAUGUUAAUAUGAUUUUUUGUGUAUUCAUUAGUUCAACAAAGAGAAAAUACAAAACGGGACGACUACUUCAAACAAAGUGGAGCGUCUGUGGAGGUCUGCAGCCGGACCCCUCUCAAAAACUUCAGGAAGGUCUCAGGAGUUCAUAUACAAGUGAAAACAUGCAAAACAGUAUUUAAGCUGGAAUCAAUUCACACCAACUUAGAAUCAAAUUACAAAAGUUCAGGUUGUUUGAGAUUCUCAGUGCUUUAAUAAAACCCACCUGAACACAGAUUUUAUUAUUUUGUUGCCUCAUUUUGACAUUUUCCUGCCUGAAAACUUUGGUAAAGUCGUUCUUGCUUCUAAAAAAGCUCCUAAAAUCUCUUUUCAUCGUCCGCUGAGCAGAAAAAAAAGCAGCAAACAGACAAAGUUAUCACCUAGCUGGUGAACAAAGUGAAGCAUUUAGCAGCUUGUGACUCAGAAGUUUUCUCAGGAGUCGGCGUAGAAAAAAAAAGUGUUUGAAAAGACUCCAAAUAAUUUGGUGUGGAGACAAACAGCUUCCCCAUAUCGCUGUAACUUUAAAAUAUUUUAAUAUGAGAUUAUUUUGGGGUUUAUUUGGUUGAAAGUUUAGGAUAAUAUUGAUCCCGAUUGUAGUCAUGAAUUGAAUUAAUGAACUUCAGGUCAACUCUGGUCAGUAACCAUGGUGAUGAAUUAAUUAAUUAGGAUGUUUUCUUCUUUCCUUAACGAACGUGUUUGUGGUUUGUGCCUCAGACGGACGUUUGUGUCUGUUUUUCAGUUUUGACUCUGUCUUGUGAAGUUCCUGACAUGAACACAGAAUGUGAGUAAUGCCGUUAAACGUUCAGGAGGAUAAUAACAGAUUUAAUCUGUGCAGACCGUUAAUCUGGAUGGAGCUCGGUGUCAUUUCACAGAGUUGGACAUUAGACGGUGUUGGUAAUGACAUGAUUAUGAUUAGAGGAGUUUUAUUCACCAGGCUGUGAGACAGAAACUCGUGGUCCUGCUCCGUAAAUCAAAGAGGUGCUUCCAUCUCCACAGACGAAGGCCUGCUGGAGUCCUCUUCUUCUCCGCUCUUAUCCCUCUGUUGUUUUUCACACCUCUCAGCCAAAUCUGACGUGUGAGCCUUCAGCGGCCGCUCGGUAAUGAUGUGAUUAUCACAGUUGUGUUGUGCAUGCUGUUUAUCCCGCUCUCUGCUGACUGCCUUCCUUUGUGCCGCAGAAAGUCUGCCGGGCGUAAUUUCAAGCUUAUUUAUUUCCUUCUAUCCAAUAACCUUCAUUUACGGCGUCCUGACAGUGGGAUCUCAGACGGGGAGGUAAUUAAACGUUCAGAGAAAGAAGAAAAGAAACCUUUUAAUAUGGCGGCACAAAGGAAACCAAGACUUUUACUGUGUUUUAGUCGUUGGCAGUUUGAGAUCAUCUGCUGCUGUUGUGUAAUCAUCGAAUACAGACAGAGACGCUCUCGGUUCACGUGGUAAAAUUGAAUAAAUGUUUAAUUAUUAUUCAGACUGUUGUGGUGUCGUCAAAAUCUCGUGUCGUUGCAUCCCUCAGUUAUAUCCUUUCCUUCAUUUAAAGCUGAGCUAUUAUCUCUGUGUUAAUCAUCAGUGCAUUAAUAACAGGGUCAACGGUUUUAUGCGAUGGUCAGGUUACGACAGAAGCUCUCUCUGCUAGAUCAAACAGUAAGCUACGUCAAAAACUGAAUAUUUCGAAUUAGAGCUGCACGAUUAAUCAAUAAAAAUUAAAAUCCUCAAAUCCAUUUUCCUCUCUGUCAUGUCUCGCACCCCCAGGCCACCGUAGGCUCCUCCCCCUCUCUGCAGUUCCCACACACACCAGUGUAAACAAACAUGGCGUUUGCUAAAGAAGGCGAUAAUUUUGUGGUUAAAUAGGACAAGAGUGAGUCAGUUGUGUUGAAUUGGUACGACUUCACAGUUUCAGAUGAAGAGUAAACCACUCCCCGCUGUGAAGUCUGUCUGAAGGCGGUAUCAACCCGUCACCAUGGAAACGAAUUCAGGAGGAAACGCUAAAGGAUAAAACGACUACAAAACAACCUUUACACACAUGCUCUGUAUUCUUCUUCUGUCUUUGGUGCAUUUCCUCUGCAGAGAUACAGCGCCACUUACUGGCUUGGCGUAUGCACUACAUUGUUUCGAGAGAUGAUAGAUAAACUUCAAAGUUAUCACUGAAUAAAAAAUCGAAAAUCGGGUUUUCAGAGAAAAAAAUCUGGAUUUUAUUUUCGGCCAAAAUCGUGCAGCCCUUAUUUUUUAAUCUGAACAGUUUAUUAAAGUUCAUAGGAGAACUUUUCCACAUAUUUCUGACAUUCAGUGACUCAAGACUGCUGCAGGAGCUCACAUUUGUCAACAGAGCUGUCAAUCAUUCAUCCUCCCACCUGUUAAUAUAAGAGGCGGGCUUUAAGAUCAGGCUCACUCUUUGUUUUUCUGUCCAUGACUUUCUAAGAGUCUAAUUGGUUGAUGUAACUAUUUUUUUUAUAUCAUUGAAAUAUAUUUUCAUUAUUAUAGUUUUACAAAGUAAUGAGGCUCAAACCCGGUCUCUUUGAAUCGUCCUACUGCAGAUAGAAACGACAGACAUGGUAGAAAUGAGACGUGUCAGAGGUUAAAGUUCAUCAUGAGGUUUUAUUGAAUAUGAGAACGUGACUCCAGGUUUUGGUGUCCUCAUUUUGCAGCGAGGUUACAGAUAUCCUACAGAAAAUAGGAGUAAACACUGCGUUCAUUUAAUGUCUGUGUUUUACACACGCGACAGACCAACCAAAAAAAAAACACCACAUCAGUGUAGACCAGCUCUCCAGCUCGCUCUCUUCCUCCUGCGUCCUCUCAGGUGUGCGGUGGAAAAGGUGAAGACUACUGUACAACCUCAGCUGAAAUAAGAAAACUGAAGACGUCUGAUCAAUCAUUUAAGCGUGUCUUCACUCUCGCUGUAAACACAGACACGCCGCCGUGGCUGCUGGGAGAAAAUCAUGUGACUGAAUUGUAGGAAAAACAAAAAGUCAGUGUAAAGUGAGUCAGGAGACCUCCACACUGACUGUGUUCCUGAUGACUGUGGAGAGAUUUCAGAGACAUUUCCACGCCUUCAGCCACGCCGCCGCCGCUGCACGGCCAGCUAAUUGAUUUUACAACCAUUGUCGUCAGAGUUCUCGUGGUUAUUUAUGUCAGACAGCUGGAGGUGUAAACUGCUGCUCGUUGGCCUCCUGUUUAAAACCAUCUCCACUCAUUAGUGGUCCUCCCACAGCUGAGUUUUGGUGUGGGGAGGUGAAUCCUUUAUUGACGUCUCAGUAAUGAGUCUGAUGUUGGAUAUAAAGUGACUCAGCAGACGUUUAACGGCUCCUGAACGUCUCUCUGCUGCGUCUCUUCAUAUGAAACCGUCUCCUCGGUUCUCCAGACACUGUUUGAUGUGUUGGUUAUGAAUGCAUGAGGGAGCAGCGGCUCGACGAGGGCCUGCAGGAGCACCGGUCUUUGGACUUUGACUCCAUCCGUUCAGAUUUAGUUUUUUCACUCUUCUCCUUUUUUUUCUCCUCCUGCAGAUGCAAGUUUUUCAGCCUGACAGAGACUCCCGAAGACUACACUAUCAUCGUGGACGAGGAGGGCUUUAAAGGUGAGUCUCUCUUCUUUUCAUCGAUUUCCAAAGUCGCUGUGGCAACCACUGAUCAGUGCAGCAGGAAGAGAUCGCCGUGUGCAGCCGGCGGCGUCCUGCAGCAGCAGCAGCGGCGCCGCUGAUGUUUGAGCACACUUUGUCAUUACGGACGGGAGGCCAAAGCUUCCAGCCGCCGCCGUGUUUCGUGGUUGGCUGAUUGAGUGAAUCCAUGUCAUUACACACACACCCUCUCCCAGGGUGACCCUCCUUGGUUUCCCUGGAGACCACAGGCUAUGUGUUGCAUAACAGGCGCAGGUAUUUUCUGCCGCUGACUGGCUCUGAGGCUGUUGAACAAAAACUGUCCGAUGGGAGUAAACACGGUCGGCUUUAUUUGGAAACAUUAACUUGGAGUGAAAAUAUUCGCCUGGCGCCGUUUAAGGGGUGAUGAUGCAACCGAGAGUUAAAGUCACUGAUUCAGACGAGGACAGAGUCGACCUGAGAAAACCAGCCAAGAUUCUUCAACACGACGUCCUCUGUACAGAUUCCUGAACUUACUUGUUGUCUUUUAUUCUUUAAAGGUGUUGUAGUCAAGAUCUGAGGAAGAUCCAGUUUAAAGGAGAAAUCUUGACGGUAAACUCCACCCCUCCAAACCAGUUUUCAGGGGGGCGAUCGUGGCGUCAAAAAGACAUCACAGCAGUCAAGAUGUCGUGUUUCCUCCUAAUUAUCAGUGAACGAACCUGCUGCCUAUGACCUGUAAAUUUAGACGCUACACACCGACCGUCUCUGCGACCGUUUACAGAUGAUGAGGAGUCAGCAGGAUUUAUCCUGUUCCUGCUCAGCCGGGAUUUCCACCGCAACGUCUCCGAUUCAGAACGGCUCCGAUUCUUGCCAUCCGCCAAUUCCUACCGGAUGAGUUUGUGAGGUGAAUUUCAUGGCAGAUUACAGACAGCAGUAAUCGCGAGAACUCACAAGAACCCGCAGAUUCACGUUCAAAAGUGCGAUAACGAGUUGUCUCUAUAAAGACAGACACAUAGACAUAUAAGCAGUAGAUUGUGUCCUUCCAGAGGAGGAAAUCUACUUCUAGACUUCUAGAAUCAGCAUCUCCUCAUCCAUGGUGUCAUCGGGGUGAAAUGACGUCUAAAAACCUUUCACUUGUUCGUCUCCGCCCGUUUGCAUGGUGUGAAAUACGAUCCUCCUGAAACACGGAGUGUUUUAUUUUGAAAAGAAGCCGGAUGUUUUAUUUUGUGUCUGUGCCCGACUUCCUUUUCAGCACGGGUUAAUAGAACUCUUACGAUCAGCUGAGGAGUCCAACGAUCUGCAGAGGAACGGAAAGAAGUCGGUGUAAAUCGACACGUUAACUUGAAAGGUUCCGAUCAGCUACGAUCGUGAAAAUUGCCUGUUAGGCUUUUUAGUUCUUGUCCGGUCUACCUCCGUUUUAAGCGCCCGUUAUUCCUCCAGAGUCUCCGGUAUUUACUUUGUUUUCUUGCUUGUGUCGGCAGUCGUGGCCAAAGGAGGAUUCAGACAAUUUUCCGAACUUUCUGGUUGGUUUCUACUGUCCGAUAUUGUAGCACGCUAACUUUGUUUGGGCUCCUGAACGACACGGGGGAGCAGCGUCUGCCUCACAACCAAUCAGGUUAGAGGAGGUGGAGAACGGCUUUGUUUACAGUCAGAAAGACUGCGACAGAGAUAUUGUUAUAUUACCAAAUAUCAUCAAUAGCUAAUAACUAUUGACUGAUAUUCGAAGAUUUUUGUAUAAAAACAACAAAAUAAAAAGAUGCUUCUUUAACAGACUCCUGUCUACUCCACCUUUAACUCUCUGUCAUUGUUUCAGUCGUUGACUCGUCCCUGAAAAUAGAUCUUUUUAAAAACAAGAACUAAAACGAGGAACAGACCCUCAUGAACGUUGCUCACUCAUCCCGACUCAGUUUCUCGUCUAUUUAUUCCAAACUGGAGUUGCAGAUGUUGUCCUGAUGUGCAGCUAUGUUAGGUUCCUGUUUGCUGCAGGUAAAGGUGUUGAUAUUUGACCCGGCCUGUCUUUGUGUCCGUUCACAGAGCUGCCCCAGUCAGAGCACAUCAGUGUUGCCGACGCCACGUGGUUGGCUCUCAACGUGGUGUCAGGAGGCGGCAACACCUCCAACUCGCAGCCCAUCGGAGUCACCAAAAUCGCCAAAUCAGUCAUCGCACCGCUGGCCGACCACAACAUCUCUGUGUUUAUGUUGUCCACGUAUCAGACCGACUUCAUCCUGGUGAGUCUGAAGAAUAAAACAUCUUUAUGCUUUUAUCAAACUGACUUCUUUAAGGCGUCGUCCGGUCUACAAAAACACGCCACAGUCCGUCUCCUGCUGAUUGGUUCAGCGAGAAGCGGACCCCGAGCAACUCCCCUUACAGUGCAAGGCGAUAAUCCUGUCCAGAAAGAGGAAUCCCUCUCGACCCGACCUGUACUUUGGGACCACCAAGAUCACCCUUAGUGAGCAGAUGGAGGUGUUGGGUCUUUCUAUAGACAGCAAGCUCACAUGGACCAGCCAUCUGUCCAACAUCUGCAGACGUGCUGGACAACGUCUUGGUGCACUGCGUAAGCUGGCCAACAAGCUUGAUGCCAAGGGCAGGGCCAACAUUUAUAAGACCCAGAUCAGGAGCAUCAUGGAGUACUCCUGCCUGGCCUGGAUGAACGCCUCUCCGACCACUCUUAGGCAGCUAGACCUCAUCCAGAAGAAGGCUCUAAAAAUCAUCGGGGUGGAUGAGGACCUUGCCCUUCAGCAGUACGCCAUCAGCAAGCUGGGUCACCGGCGAACAGUCGCAGCAACAACCGUUCUCUAUAAAAUGCACACCCCCAGCUGUCCAGUGGACCUCAAAGCUCUGCUACCCCAAGCCCACACCGUGGGAAGAAUCACCCGGAGAGUACUGCCAAGUCACGCCCUGAAAGUCCCCAAGUCUAAAACCAAUUGCCUUGACAGGAGCUUUCUCCACUCUGCCAUAACAACUUGGAAUAGCCUUCCCCCUGCAGUUGUUGGAGAUAUUACAUCUAGCUUCUUAUUACAUCAAGCUUCAUGGACUUUUUAUCCAUAAACAUUAUGUUUUUAUUUACCCCAGUCUGAGUAGCUGCAGAUCAUUGAUAGGCUCUUUGAUUUUCUCUCAAAGCCUGUAUCUGCUCAAGCCAAAUUAAAAAAAAAAAAAAAAAAAAGUCGACCAAAACAUGGCAGAACGCCGACUAUCGAAAAGGAUAUUGAUCAUGUUUUAUAUUGAUAUUUAGAGAAAUUAAUUUUUGAUAUAUAUGGUUAUCGUGUUAUCGCUCAGCCCUAGACUUAUAUAAGAUUUAUCAUAAUACAGACGUUCAGAAGCAAAAUCGACCUGCAGAUCAGAAAACAGAGACUGUUGGGUUAGCCGAUCAGAUAACUGAUCAGGUUCUCAUUAUCCUUCCACACAGUUGUGUUAUUGGUCCAUUAUUAACCCCAGUUCUUCACAUCCUCAUAACCUCGUCUCUGUCUAAGCAGUAACCCCGGACCUGCACCUUUUCCAGGCCUCUGAUUCAGAGACAGAGAUCCUCUCUCAUACCCACACAGAUCCUCUGUGGCCACAGGGAGUGUUUUUUUAUUGCCCUGCUUUCGUGGAAAACCCGAGUCUGCUGAGCGGCUUUGGCAUGUCGAUGAAAAUAAAAAAACAACACAGUGUGGAUGUUCAUAAUCGGUUACAUAAAGGGGAUCAGCAGCAGCUCAGCCUCUUGCUGCUGCUGGAAUUCCAGGUAUCGUACUCAGACCUGUUUCCUGUCUGCACACCAGCCGCCCCCCCGACUCUAAUCCCAGUUAUUGACAUGUCGGAUAAAAAGAGCGAAUACCUGCCGCUGCUCUCGCUGUCUUCCAUCGCACAUCUCCACGCUGUGUCAGACCGCGUUACCGAGUUUCAGAGGAAAACACUCCAGCUCCAGACGGGUUGUUUAUUUUCCUCUGUUUGGAUUUUUGCUGUUGUAUGAAGCGUUAAAGUCGCACCGACAGACUCACACUACUGUACGCUCAGAUGUAGGGCGGCUUGAUAAGGGCAAAAAUCAAAAUCGCCAUUAUUUAAAAUGCUAUCUGAUGAUUUGGAGAUCUACAUCGAGUGUUUUCUUCGGCUUUUAAACGUCCAAAUCCAGUUUCAAUAUCAGCGUUGUGGAACAAAAAGGACUGCCAAAUCUGAGGAUCAAUAAAAACACAGAAAUAAACUCGCCCUUGGGAAGUGGAGCGGUUUUCUUUGGGGUUGUUUUUGGCCGGCGCUCCGAUCCAAGAAGACUAAUAAGUGGAUUUCCAGGAAUUUUACUGCCCACAUUUAUUGUCCCCUGAAGACGAAUCCUCAUGUCUUUGUGAAACUUUCUGACCUUCAGUUUUUUUUCCCUCUUUUAAAGAAACAUGUUUGUUUAUUCCUGUUAUGAAAAGGAGGAAACUGAAGACUCUUUGAUUGAACAUUUCUGUGAUUCGAUGAUUAAACUGCAGAAUAAAAACCUCUUCAUGUUGUUCUGAAAACGUCUCUCUAACUUUCACCAAAAACGGCUCAUUUUUCAUUUUUGAUGGAUUUGAUUCUGAACGUACAGCUGGGUCUGAUUUACAGGAAUCUGCUCUCUGACUGUUUUUAUUGUCUCAUAAUCAUCUUUAUUGGCGUUUUUAUUGUCUGAGUGGUUUUUAUGUUAUUGUACAAAUAUGUGUCUGUGUUUCAUUUAGAGGCAGAGACGUACAGACCGAUUAUUCUCCUUAUCAGAGACUGUAAAUGUAGAGAAGGACCCCACGUGUUUCGCGUCAGACUCACUGACUGAUUUUGUGGAAAUCAUGGAAAUCUGUUUUGAGUUUUAAGAAGUCGGUAAUUAAAAUAACUGAGCGGACAUGAGAGUGGGUGUGCAGAGGAGCUUUAAAAACACACUCUCAUGAUUCAUAUCUCUCUCUCUCUCUCUCUCUCUCUCUCUCUCUCUCUCUCUGUCCUCAGGUUCGAGAGCGAGACUUGCCGAUGGUUAUGCACACGCUGUCCUCAGAGUUCACUUUGCUGCGGGUCGUCAACGGAGAGACGGUUGCCGUUCACGAUCUGGGAGUCACCAACGGUUUUGUGAAGCCGAAACUCGGUAAAGAAAAAAAGACGUUUAUAUUUUAUUCUUAACGCGUAUAAAUGAAGUAUUGGACAAAUAUCAGCUUUUCAGCGAUCGAUGACGGUAAUAGGAGGGCAGGGGGUCGGGACCUUUUGAGGGACUCAGAAUCAAGGGUUUAGAUUUAGUGCCAGGGUCACUGAUGUACCCCAUAAAAGACUCAGAGGGAGGACUUUCCAAUAGUGAUGGAAGAUCAGUUCUUUUGACUGAAUCUUUAGAAUCUGUUCAUCAAAACGAUUCGUUCAAAAGAUUCGUUCACUGAAUCAGUCAGUGUUUCAGAGCCUCGUCCUGUCGGCGCAGAACACUAGUGAGUGACACAGCGGCGAGUUUGUUCAUUAGCCCCUCCCCUCCUCGCUGCUGAUGUCACAGGGUCGUUCACUGGGUGACUCAUGUCGUUCAUUCGCCAUGUCCUGAAGGAAGAAUCACUCCCCUGCCCUGAAAAACUCACCUCUCUGUCGGCGGAAACAACUCAGCAGCGAGCAGCACGCCGCUAAACGGCAAAAUGUUUAUAUCGAAUCAGGUCUCGUUCACUUAGCAGUUCAGUUCUUUUGAACGAAUCGUUCAUGAACGACACAACACUAGUUUCCAAUGAGGAUUUUACUUAUGUAGAAAAAACAGGUCCUGACUCGACAUAUUAAACCUGAUCAGUGUGAAUUUUCCCUCCUUAUUGUGUACUUCUGGUUUUUGUUAACAGUUUCAUGAGUUGGUCUUCUCAGGAAUCGCUCUUAUUGGCAGUAUAAGUCCAUCUAUGGUUCACACCCUGAAACAGCGUAGACCUGCUGCCGCCCUGAUCUGGAACUGUCUGUUGUAUAAAAGUUAAACUAAGACUCAAACAGAGAGCCGUGAAAACUUCAUCUCUGAAUAACUGACCGGGAUGUUGUCGGCUUGAUUUUCAUUUUUCUACUUCAGGUCCUGAUGGGGAUUCAGACAACAAUGAGCCACAGGAGGCGUUUAGUUCGCUUAAAAAGGAGUCUCUGAAACUAAAAGCACCUCUUAUCUCACCUCCAGAGCAGACAGUCAUAUCUGUUAACGCCUGCUGGACUUCUGAUGAAAAAAACCUACCUCCUUAUAAAACAGUCGAUUCAGGUGUAUUUAGCCGACUGAGUCCUUGUCUCUUUGUGUUUUUGUCGUUUAGUUCCCCGUCCCAUCAUCCACCCUUUAUCGAGUCCCAGCAACAUGUUCUGUGUGACGAGCCUCGACCCCGACACGCUGCCCUCUGUCGCCACCCUGCUCAUGGAUGUCAUGUUUUACUCUGGAGGGUAAGGACCGCCUCUUCCUGGUUUUAUCACUGAAUUUCAGAAGAACGAGCGUGGAGGUGAGGAAGGCGAUUUCUUACAGGACACGUAUUUUUUCUUCUCUGUGAAGUUUGGAGUGGAGAAAGGUCGUCGGGGUUUCUUUGCAGCAUUUCUGCCCUGAAGGAAACUGAACCCUUAAAACCUCGACAGACAGUCAUUACAGUUCCUCUAAAUUUGGUUCAGAUAUUCAAACACGUCCCCUCAGGAGGAGUAAUCAGAACUUUGGUGAUUUCUCAAGUUGAGUUUUGGACCAGAAACCUACCAAAGACUCUCAUCUCUAAACACGACGAAGACAAAGUUCAGAGAGUUUGGAAAGAGACCAAUUCAACCAAAUCCAGAGGUUGAAGUGAGUGUUGAUAAUACCGAGAUAGAAAGAGUGAAUGAGGGUGAAAAUAAACCAUCAUCUCAGUAAGAAACCCUCAAAUAAACUCUGUUAGGUCAAAGCUGGCAAGGAGUAUUGGUAUCUGGGUAGGAUAAGACACAAAUUAAACCAUAAAACUUUAUAUUUAUUAUACAAUACGGGUAUAUUAUAUAGAAGUCUGGGGAAAUGCAUACAAAAAAACUAAUUUACAGCCUAUUUAUAUGAUGCAAAAGAGAGCAAUAAGGAUUGUUAACAAGGCAGGAUUCUUCCAUCACACUAAUGAACUGUUUCUGAAAUUAGGAGCAUGAAAAUUUGCCGACAAAGCUAAAAACAAUCUACUUCCCAGUAAUUAGGGCCCAACUAAUGUUGAUUUUUGGGGCCGAUUAUUAGGUGGGGAAAAAAACAGAUUACCGAUAAAUCGGCCAAUUUUUAAUUUUUUUUUAUGAAGUAGUCUUGAGUGAUCUGCAGCAUCUUUAUUUUCCCUUUCCACUGGUCUGAAGUUAAACACGUCUCAGGUCUCAGAGGUGUUACUUUUUACACAGCUUCUUAAUCACCACCUUGUACAGAAAACAUCUGUUCAAGCUCCAGGUGUCACAAAUCCACCUCCUCAUACUGGCGGUAAAAUAAGCGACAUCCAGGUUCGAGUAUAAAGACCCCAGAGUGCGGGGAGUGGAUCGGGUGGGUUUGAGGUUUUGGUCUCAGUAGUCCGCCGUUUGGGUCACCACCGCACUCUUAUCUGCCCGCCUCGGGGUCCAGGAGGCGUGCUGGUUCUGUAAUAUGACCCAGAUGGGAUUUCUGCAUCAGUAGUUCCCCCACAUUGACUUUUCUUCCCGUUUCGUUCCAGGCCAAAGGAGCCCGGAGCUCCCGGCGAGGACGCCAACCACAUCCGCUUCUUCUCCUUCUCGCUGAUUGAAGGCUACAUCUCUCUGGUCAUGGACGAGCAGACCACUCAAAGGUGGAGUAGAAGUAGAAAAUGACAUCUCCACAUCCCUGCGGUGUGAUGAUUAUCCACUCGGGUUCUUUGAGGUGUUUAGUUUGAGUCGACUCCUGUACGAUGUUUGCACAGGGGGAACAAAUACAUGAUUGCUGUUUGAGGGGGCGAUGGGUUUGUUGCUAAGCGAUAGCCCAGCAGUCGAGUGUGUAUAGGAUGUGCUGAGGCCGCCGAGGGUUUCUAUCUGACUCAUUUAUUCUCCUGUGUGUCCCCCUGAUUCUCACUCUGCUCUCUAAUUAAGCAGAAAGGAUGUAAAAACCCGAGCAGCUGUACCUCCCGUGUGGUUUCUCUUUUUUUGUCGCUCCGGCUCUCGGCGAUCUCUCGCUCUUUUAUGGGUCAGCUGUGUCUCUGAGCCGCGCGGAGGUGAAACCAUCAUUGGACUAAACUUCCAUUAGUGUUUCACAAGUUCAUAUUUUGAUGCUGCAUAUACGUAGGUCAUCCUGCUUUAUAUAAGACUUAAAGGAAUAGUUCACCCGUUUUACAAUAACUCUGUCUAAUGCAGCAGGUCGUGACAGAGCUCACCUGCUGAUUUCAGAGUUUAAAGGGACAUUUUAGUGAGAAGUUAAAUAAACUUUGCAAUUUAAAUAUAAAACUUUAAAAUCAGGCCUUUUAUACGGUGGCCAAGAACAGCCACUGCUGCAAAAAAAAAAAAGAAACAUGUGAUAAAAAAAACAGAAUAGGGAUAUAACGAUAUGAAAAUUUCAUAUCACGAUUAUUGUGACCAAAAUUAUCACAGUGUUUUUGAAAUAUGUUCAAAAAGUUAAAAAAGUACUUCUACACGCCCUGAAAUCAUUUAACAAAGUUUAAUUUUGAAAAAACAAUCAAAAUAAAAGCAGAAUGAACUUUUCCUCAACCGUAAAUAACAGAGGAACGAUAAGCUUAAAAAAACAUUGUUUAUCAUUUUACCGAUAAUUGUUACGUCUCUACAACGGAAGGUAACGACGCAAAAAAAAGUGGCGAUGUGAAAAAAAAGUUACUUAUUGUGAAAAUAAAAGGAUGCAAAUAAAAGAAGACACAACGGAAGUGAGCUGCCGGGGACUAAUAAUGAUGAUGCACCGGUGUUUUACGAUCUAGGCGCAGAAGACGACGGCGAGAAGACGAGCGAAGAAGUAAGUGGAAAGGUUAUUGUUUCAUUUCGCUUCGUAGACUUUAAAUGUGUCAUGUGGUUUGACCGUGUAACGCCUGAGUCCAUAUGAAGUUGAACUGAGGAUGUUGGUGUAGUCUGUGCUUUGGAAACCCACUUUGCCCCGAAAGACCAACCACGAGAGGAAAAUCAAGUUCGGUAGCUUUAUGGCUCUACUCAUAGAAAUAAAAUCACAGACCUCUCGCUUUUUUCAUUACUGGUCCCCGGCAGCUUUUUUGCGUCGUUAACUUCCGUCGUGGCUUUUUUAAAAAAUCUGCGCCGUUUCUCUUUUUUAUUUGUAGCGGACUUCGGUUUCUUUUUUUUCAUCGGUAACUUCCGUUGUGGCUUCUUUUUAUUUGCAGCAGUGGCGGUUCUCGACCACCGUACUUUCAUAAUAGAUGGCCAGUCAUUUUAGUGGUCUAUGAUGGUUUGUUUCAGGAGCUCCCAAUGAUAGAAAAAUCUCUGCUCAGUGAAAGGAGGCAGACAGCAGAGUUUAGGAUAUAUAAUUAAAGUUAAUUUAAUCCUCAUCGAAGGGAAACACAGAUCUACUUCUUAAAUCACUCCUGAUUUGUCUCCUUCUUCCUUGUGCAGGUUUCCAAACAACGUCCUCUUCACCAGCGCGUCUGGGGAGCUUUGGAAAAUGGUUCGCAUCGGGGGACAACCUUUAGGAUUUGGUGGGUUUGGUUUGUCCACAGGCUCUUUCAGCAUGACCACGACUAAAACACCAGGAUUAAACUUCAAUGUAGAGAUUUAAAAUUCAGUUUGAUUUGUUUGUUUGAUCCCAAAAAUAAGUCGAGUUUAAGUUUUUAAAUUCACACGUAGUGAAGCUCCGUUAGUUUUAAUGAGGUGCAUAGAUUAAUGAAUAAUCUGUUUUUUUAUAGUUUGUUUUUUGAGAUUGAAGAGGUGUAUUUGUGGCAAAACUGCCUCUUCAUUCAAUCUUCAGACAUCUGUAAUAGAAAAUGGUCGAUAGUUUUAACUGACCGUGUUGAAUAACUGGAUUUAUUUUGCUUUCAUUAUAUCAGACAGUUUAACAUCAGAGUCUGUCUCUUCUUUGCAGACGAGUGCGGCAUCGUGGCUCAGAUAUCAGAACCCCUCGCAACGGCUGACAUUCCAGCUUACUACAUUAGUACCUUCAAGUUUGACCACGCACUGGUGAGGAUUUAUCGUCAUUUCAACGCUCUUUACAUGAUGUGGAGACGAAUUCAUGAAUCAGUCAGUCCAGAAAUCAGUCCGAAAACAUUUAUGAUGACUAUUUGAUAGUUCAGUGUUUGAAAUAUGAGAAUUUGCACCGUUAGUGUUUUACUGCAUGACUGGGACCCUGUUUUUAUAAGUUCAUCGUUCUAAAUAUUAACAUAUCACUGAGGGUCUCUUCAACAUGCAACACCUUUUCAGUUUGUUAGAUGGCAUAAAAAAAAAACUCAAACACCCUCCUGAUAUCUCAUGAGAGCACACAGUGUUGACCUUUCCCUGACAUGAAUGUUGUCAUCAGCCCAGUUAGUUUAUCUGAUGGCUAAGGUCAGGGUUACUCAGAUGUGAUAAAAAGUUUGUUUACACUAAAAACACAAUAAUGCACUUAAAAGUCCCAGACCCCUAGUUGGGGUCCUGGAAAAGAGGUCCUGUAUUCGCAGCUUCUGGGUCUGCAGACCCACGCGACUCAUAUGUUGUUAAGGGUGGCCAAAAAAAUUCAAUAGCAUAGAAUGAUAAAAAUGUCAUAGUAAAGUAUGUAAAAAAAAUCAUUGUUUAGUUUAGAAAAUGUCAUAAAAUAGUUUGAUAAAAAUGUCGUAGGAUAGUAAAAAAUUAUUAAAUAAAAAAUUAUAUUAUAAAAAAAUAAAGAAUUAUUGUAUAGUAUAAUAAAAAUUUCACCGUAUAGUAUGAUAACAAAAUGUCAAAAGAAUAUUAGGUCAAAAAAUGAGAUCUUGUGAAAAAAAAGUCAUAGAAUAUAUUUAUUUUUCAUAGUAUAAAAUGAUAAAAGUGUCAAAUUAUAGUACAAAAGAAAUUGUCGUUGUAUAGUAUGUUAAAUAACCAUUAAAUAGUAUGAUAAAAAUAUCAUCUUAUAGUAUGUUAAAAAAAUCAUUGUUCAGUAUAAAAAAACAUGUCAGUAAAGUAUGUUAAAAAAAUUAUUGUAUAGUAUGAUAAAAAUUGUCAUAGUCUAGUAUGAUAAAAAAAGUCACAAUAUAGUAAGUUGAAAAAUCAAUGUAAAGUAUGAUAAAAAUUUAUCGUUAGUAUGAUAAAAAUGUCUUUGUUAGUCAGAUUAAAUGUCAUAGUUUUGUAUUUUUUAGCACAAUAUCAAAUAGUCUGUUUGAAUUUCUGAACAUCGCUCAGCGGCUCACAGAGGUUUUUUUUUUUUUGUGCUGCAGGUUCCGGAAGAAAACAUCCAAAGUGUGAUCGGAGCUCUGCGGACCAAGAGCACAGCACAAUGAAGGAAAGCCGGAGGAAAACGACCGUUUUCAAAGUCAUUUCGUUCAAACGUUUAUCAUGUCCAAAAAGUGCCAAGAGCUUCUGAGCGGACUCCCGAGGACCGGCUCUGAAGGAAGGGAUCUAACCACGAAGCGUGGGUGGCGUACGGCGGGGAGAGUGUGUGACGGUGUGUUAGGGAUGCCUUUGUUACUCGGUCAUUUUCUUUCCCUCCACCCCUCCUCUCUUCCUCGGCACUCGAGCCCCUCCACCGCCCGCUCUGGUAGUUGUCGCUUUAGUUUACCAGACUUAAUCCGCUUCUUUUCCUCUCUGAAGCUUCCCACUCCCUGACCCUCGUGAGCGAGCACCAUGCUGUAUUAGUUACAUAAUUCCUCUUACAGAAGGAUGACGAAUGUACUCUCUAAAGCAAAAGAAAUAGUAUAUAUAUAUAUAUAAAUAUAUCUCGAUAUAUCAAGCGCUCCGUUUUUCCUUUCGUCGGUUUCGUUGGGUUUGUCACAGGCCGUUUUUCUGUGCCAAGAUGUUUGAAUGCAGAAACUGAUGCCUUUGUCUCGAACCUUUUCAUAUGUGCAAUUGAAGGAGACGAUUCAUGAGACAGCCGGCGAUGAUGGAGCGAGCGCCUGGUGGAAAAAAAAAACCACGUGUUUCGUUUUGUUUUUUUGUUUUUUUUCUCUCUUUUAGCUUUUAGUAGCAGCUGUUUAACGUGUUUUAAUGACAGAGAUGAUCCAGCUGUCGGGGUUUCUCAGACUUAGAGGUUAAAUUCGGAAGUUUGACCCGUAAAACCAUGAAGUGGAUCGGAAAGAGUCUCUUUAGUCGUAAGAGAGUGAAACGCGGUCACACUGUGAGCAACACGAUCCAUUCGCCGAUCAAAGUUCACACAUUUACAGAGGUGAUCGUCUGAUUGGCCCAUUUUAAGCGCAAGAAAGAAAUUCGUCUCAAUCAAUCAGUUUUUUUUUUGAGAUAUCAGAAGAAUCGUGAUGAUCGGUCUGAUAUCGGUCUGAUGUGACUCUCGGGGUUCGGGAAGAUGAGAUGGACGAUUUUUGCGAUUCUAACGACAGAUAUUUAGCUAACAAACUGAAAGUGUUUUUAUGAACCACUCCAGGAACGCAUUUCCGCCUUAUUGUUACGUUUUCAAAGAUAUUUAUGUUUUAAUUUAACACUGAAUAAUAACUUAAAGCUCUUUUUUAGUUGAGCGCCCCCCUGUGGACAAAGCAGACUCUGCCAAACAAAAAUGCACCCUCUGCUGGUUUAAUGUGGAUAUUUCAGGAGUAAAUUGUAAAAUCAGGACUGUUUCUGACGCCGUGUGGCUGACUCCUCCCCCUCGCACUGAUUUACGGCGAUAAAAACUAAAAAAUUUGAACUUUUCGCGAAUCAUCUUGUUUGACACUGUAAAAAGGCGUCAAUAUGAAUUUCAGCCCAAUUUAUAAACGUAAAAAAAAAAUCCUCAUAUGAGCUUUAAAGUCUUAUAUUUACAGCCGCUCAUUUUAGGGUCAGCUGAGAAAAGUGUUGGAUGAGUUUGGCUCGCUUAUAGGAAUAAUAAAAGUCUUUAAUUAUUAUUAUUUGCUUUCCUCGACCAAAGGACUGAGACCACUUUCAUCUCAGUGGGCACAAACAGAGUUAAAGCCCAGAGGCGAUUAGCGUAGCGUGGGAACACUAGCCUGACUUUGCUAAACUUUGUUAACCCCAAAACAACAACAGAAAGGAUUUCCUGUUUUCAUAGUUUUUAAGGUAAAGUUCCUGUUUUUAUUUUUAUUUUUGGACAAUCACCUGCAGGGGGCGCCUUCCCCGUGUGAUAAAGUGUUUUUUUAUUAUUAUUAUUGUUGACUCGUCACUCCACAUGAAUUAACAUCGUCAAACUUGAAUAAACACUCCAGCUCUGACUCCGUGACCGUGUUGCUCACAGUGAGACCCUGCAGUUCAGACCUGAUGCUGAAUUAAAACAUUAAUCGUUAUUAUUAUUUUGAUUAUCAUCUCCAGCAGUAAAAAUAUUACUGAGCCACUUUGACAAUGUACCAGAAUAAGGACUGAGUGCAAACAUAAGCUAAGGUUCACACAGGGCAGGAACCUCCCCCCUCCUCACCCUGGUGUCCAUUACGGUCUUGAAGAUGCCCCUCCCCCUGCCCCAGUCUGCACUUUAACGCAGGUCCCCCCCCCCAAAGACCUGCUGUACUGAUGUGAAACAGGGAGGGUAUUUACUUUACAAAGAUCCUGUCCAGACGGGGAGAUUUCCGUUGGUCUUAAACAUUUGGUUGUUCUAUUUCUUCUUCUUUUCUUCCCCGACAACAACACCUCCACCUGACGACAACAACGACCUUCCUCCUGAUCAGCUGUGAUGAGUAGAAACCCCGUGUUUAUCAGUGUUAAAACAUGAGGAAGGUGACUUUUCUUCUCACUCCAUUUCAAAGAAAACAUUGAAAGCUUUUCAUUUGGAGCUUCUUGUGUGAAAAAAAAAAAGAAAUAAACAAGCUUUUUUGAGUUGGUGUGCCUGAAUGUGUCAAUUUUACAUCGUUACUUUAAACCAGGACCGUUUGGAGACGCACCAGUCCGACACUGGUAUCCACAAAUAUCAGACCUCGGUUCUUACGGGAGUAAACCUGAAGAUAGACCACUAAAUCGGAAAUUUAAUGACUUUUAAAAAACAAUUUCGACGAUAUUAAACUCCCAAGGCAGAUUAUCACCUGUUACGUUUAUGCAGGAACUUAACCGGACCUUUUUUGGACACUCUAAGACUUUUUUAUUAUAUUUCAUUGUUUAACUUUCUGUAUGUUUCAGGGAAAAUAAUUUACACUUGAGUGGAAUUUUGCGAUAUUUUUUGGUAGGAUGGUAGGGGAAAGUCCCGCCUCCUUCGCCUCUGAUUGGCUGGAAAAGCUGGAAACGUCAUCACACGCCCAAACCAAACGCGGGCUGUCGGCUCUGAACAACGUUACAGAACAUUAUUCCACUUCUGAAUCUCCUAACCCGACAGACGAUGACGUUUAACAGCCAUUAGGAAUAACCAAUCAGAGCCCAGCAUUUCUAGCCAAUCAGAGGCGAAGGAGGGUGUUAAAAACAUUCACCUGUCUGUUAGCUAAAACAGGUGACAUUUGCAUCCAACCAUUUCUUGUUAAACAUUUAUCAAAAGUGUUAAAAUGUAAAAAAAAUAAAAUAAAAAAAACAGGCUUCCUGUUAUGGUGCGUUUGUGUUUCCUUGGAAGUCAAAAGUCGGAGCUGAAAAUGACGUCACACCUGAGUUCCAGUUACCAAGUCGGAAAAAAGCUAAAUCAAAGGCCUGAAACAAGAUUGCUAUAUCUAGCGCUUGCCUUGUCUGAAUAUAAGGCAAGCGCUGAAAUAACUUUCAUAGACGUAGCCAUCUUGAUUCUGCCUUCGAUUUUGCUUUUUUCCGACUUUGUAACUGAAACGCUGGGAACUCUGGUGUGACGGCAUUUUUCAGCUCGGACUUCGGACUUCCGAGGAAACUCGAACGCAGCAUUAGAUUCUUAUAAUAUCGGCUUUAUGUCGACAAAUAUCAAAAUCGGGAUAUAUUUUAAGUUUAACUAUUCCUUGUUAAACAUUUAUCAAAAAUUGUUCAAAUGUAAAAAAAAAAAAAAAAAAAAAAAAAACAACCUUCUUUAGUUUCCACAGAACUUUGAUUUUUCCGACAUGGCGCUAUUUCGUUCCUCCAUGAGCCGUUUUAGAGUCCAAAUUUACGGUGACCCUGAGGUGCAAAACAUGCCAACGGUUAAUGUCAGGGGUUUUCUGUUUUUUCGUUGUGUUUUGCACCUCAGGGCCACCGUACAAAUUGAAGAAAUGUGUCUAUAGAUUUAUCUGCUUUUCUGUUUGUCUUUCAGUUCACUGCUUCUCUCUAUGGAGCCAUCAUAGACAUUAUAUACGUAGAUGCCUCAUUACGAGCUGGAGCGUAAUCCAGUGUCGCCACCCUAUUGGACGGUUCUCCUCACUCUAGGCUUUCACAAGAGCCAAACAGAGUCUGUGGAGAAUGAGCAACUAUCCUCGUAUUUGUGCGCUCUAAAAAAAAAUCAGAUGCAGUAUUGAAAUUUGUAAUUUUGGUUAUUUGUAGACAUGGAAACAAAAACUUUAACACUUUUAAAGUUUUGGUAAAAAAAAAAUAAAAAUAGUCGUCUUUUCCUGACAUUUCUGUGAUUUUUGGACGUGAAUCUGAACAAGUUGCUGGAUGCUGAUGAUGAUGAUGAUAGCUGUCUUCAUUUUUUUUAUCCUCUCCCAGUUAUCUGUAUCUGUUCCAUUAUUUCAGUUUGUUUUACUUUAUUACAUGACAGCAGUUUAUGAGUUUCCUACCCUGAUCUUGGCAGGAAUACAGUCUGUUAAAUCACAAAACUGAUCUGUUGAUGAGCAGAUGUGUGUAAAAAUCCAUGUUUAGGACACGCUCUUGACUUUAGCUCCGCUGAUUCUCUCCAGUCUGCAGCAAAUGGAGGCCGGCGAGCAGGACUGCAGGUGUAUCAGCUGUCUGUAUUAUUUGACCUGAGUAAACAAAGCAAAGAACAGACAGGAGCGUCCACACGCCUCUUUUUCUCUGCUUCAGCUCACCUCAGCACACAGGCAUGAGGAGAGGAGGAGGAGGAGGAGGAGGAGGAGGAGGAGUGAUCCAGCUGCAGAGAUCCAGGUGAAAAGAGCAAUCAUGGUUUGUUAGUGUUUUCACUUAUCAGGGUCGUCUUCCUCUUCACGUAACUCUCCACUCCUCGGCUCUGCACCUCUCUGACUCCUCUGUAAAGAUCUCCUUUUGUAUCCUGGAGUAGAUUUAGGAGAUUUCACUAACUGUCUUUACUGUCACAAAUUCACCGUAAACAUAAAGAAGCUGAACCACGGGUGUGAAAAGUCCAAGUUUCUCCUCCUUUUACUGCUUUUAUGAAUAUUUUCUGUCUCGUUAAUUAAGUUUACACUCAAUACAAUUAAAGUUCAAAACUCUAGAGGAGCUACAAACCAAAGAGCACUUCUUCUUCUUCUUCAUCCUCAUCAUCUCCAGUUGAAAAGCAGCACCAUCUCCCUGUUUGAUUGGUUUACAGUCUGUGGAGCUGAGAGGUCACUGGUGGGAAACCUCCACCUACGAACACGAUGAGUCAAAACUGAACUAGCGGUGAGUCAGCGCAACAUCCAGAUGAAGGUAGAGGAACAACAAUAUCAGUAUAUCACAUUUACACUGAACACUCUCAGGGCGUUUCAGGACUUCUUCAGGUUUGAGUCCAAACGUGUCGGAGUUUGACCCCCUGGUGCCCCUGGUGUCUGUGGAAGUGUCCUCUUCGAUGCUCCUCUGGUAAAUAAAACAUCACAAAGUGCCCUCUCUGUUGAAAUUACAGCAGAAAUCACUUCAGUAGCUGCUCAUCUAAAAUAUUCAUAUUGACAUUGUGCCCUUCGGAUUCUUGUCCAGUUGAUAAAGUAUAAAAAGUGCCCUCUAGAUGUAAAACCUGCCCUCUGGAUGAAUCUCUGAACAUGUGUCCUCUAGAUUCAUACGACAGUUUGUCUUCAGAUGUUAACCCCUCUGUCCAAUCUUCACUUUAACUCCAACAUAAUAAAACAGGAGCGGGCUCUGAGAUCAGUUUUCAGUCCCGGCGUUUCCUCCCCACACCCCGCCGAGCAGCAGGAUCACAGGUCGGCUGUUUUCUGCUCACUCAGUAGUUUUGUCAUAAAUACAUUUCCACUCUCUCUGAGGACCCUCCGCCUGUCACCGUGAUGAAUGGGCACAAAACAGACAAGUCAGCAAGGAGAGGGAAACGCAACGAUAUGAGAGUGAUUUCAGCGAGUUCAGCUCCGCUCGCUGUGCUGUGAGAACAAAACUGUCCGUCAGAGUGACGACAACCAAGGUUACAGUCCAGACCGGCGUUCAGGUUCAGGUUCAGGUUCAGAGGAGGUCCAGGUCUGCGUCCUCCUGACUAGUUCAUAGUUACUGUAGUAAACUAGAGGGAAAUACUGUGUUUGCUAAUUCUCAGAGACGACUGCUCCACAUAAUCAGACUAAAACCACAUUAUUAGAAACUCUUUCUCUCGCUUGACUUUAAAGGGACAUUCUGGUGUAAAAUUAAUUUAGGGUCAAACCCACCGUAACACUGAGUUAGACCCCCCCCCUCCAGAGAUGAAUGUUGCCGACCGUUUGCUUCUCUAGUUAUACCAACUUUAGUAACGACCACAGGAUAGAAAUACAGAGAGCCACGCCCCCAACCAAAACGCCACUCUAUAGCCACAAAUAAUGCUCAGAACAGCACCUAACUUCAUCAACAGGACAUAUAGGGUCCCAGACAUAGUACUAUAUUCAGAGUUGUUCUAACUCCUAAGAAAACAUAAACUUAAGCGGGGGCGUUUCUCCAAUUCUGUAGUCUAUAAGCUGGGCCAAUAAUCUUCUGCUGUAGUAAAAUGAAAAGGUAAAGGUGUUUUUAUUGAGCCGAAUUAUCAAUGAAAUAAUGAUUUUGUUAACAGGUAUGGAUAUAUGUGCUGUCGAGUUAAUAUAUUUGAACAAGAGCACAGUAAAUUUAAAUCAGCUAAUUUUCCAAUGAGGUUCUGUUACUGAACGAAACUACACCAUGUUCUACUGAGGUUAGUACAUAUAGGGUCACAGACAUAGUACUAGACACCAAACAUCUUUUUCACUUUGACUCAUUUCUUUAGCAAAGAGACUAAACACAACUCACCUACUCUCUUCCAGCAGACGCUUGUUUGUAGAGAGACCUCAGGCCAGUCCAUUACAGACUACAGCGGGGUGCCGCAGCUCAAGGAAGAACAUUUAUGAUCAUUUCUUCGUGGAAAUACAAUCAGACCGAGACGCUAAGACAGAAGAACUACCGCGUCUGUAAAAUGAUCAAUAUGAUGAUUAUUACUUCAAGGAAAUGAUAAAGAAAUGAUCAUAAAUGUUCUUCCUUGAGCUGCGGCACCCUGCUGUAGUCCCUAUUUAAUCAACAGCCACAUAAUAAAGAAGUCGUAGUAAAAAUACUUUAAUUGCAUUUGGGAAAACAACAUUUACGACAUACAUCACUGUACAUUGGUGGCGUUAACAUCUUGUGAAAAACCGUCUUUUUUUUUUUUCUUUUAAAGUUUCGAUCAACAUCCCUCCCAGCUGGCAGCAGUCGGUCUUUGAAACUUCCUGGAGCUGUCUCAGACCUUUUACCCUAAAGAAGAAGAAAGAGGACCACAGAGGAGUGAAGUGAAAAAUGAGUGCAGGUUGUUAAAUUGGUUCCUCAGAACUUGUUUCCUCUGGAGCGGUGUGUCUUCACCUCAAUCUGCAGCGACAGUUUAUGAAAUAACCGACUCCUCCGACAUUUUACCGACAUUUCAUUAACCAGUUAACUUGUGGGAUAAAACAGAGCAUUAGAACAUAACUGACAGCCUGCAGACUCAGGAUGAUAUCCCUAAAUGUUCUUUUAUUUACAUCAGGACCGUCUGUCGAUCGUUGUUCUGCUUUGUUUCGUUGUUCGUGGAUCACAGACAAAGACGGUGGAGCAGAAAUACUCAAACUCUUCUUUGGUGUCUUGGCGCGCAGGAUGAAGUGAGCCGGGUCUGUUUGCAGCAGGAUCGCUGUCUCCGCUGUUUGACGUCAGGGACACGAGGGUCCGUCCCCCGCCGUGAGCAGCUGGCUUCAAGGCUCCAGCGCGGCCCCUGAUCUGCUCUCCGAGGGUCCGGGGGGGUCAGCCAAACAUCCAGCCUUUCAUCCAGAGCAGAGGGGACGCAGGAGCUCAGAUGAGGGACUUCACCAGUGCCACCAUGUGGUCAACACCACACGCUACAUCCAGGACCUGUCCCGGCACCGUCACCUGGUGGAGAGAGGAUCACGAAGAAGACGGUUAAAAUGAAAUGAGAGUGAGUGAUUUUCAGUGUUGGGUUUAACUCCAGAGUUAAAUGAGAAAACUGAACUUUCUGCUCCAUCGGCCCAAAGAUUCAUUUUCCUCUAAACUCUCAAAGUGGAAAAAAAAAAACCAACGUCUAAGUGUCGCAGAAUCAGCUCUUCCCCUUAAAACCCGUGAGGCAGACUCUGACACUUUCCCAAAUCCUGAGAUUUUUAAAGGGAUGAUUUAAAAUAAGUAUUUUAGACAUUAUUUACCUGAACUGAUGAGAAAGUACUAAAAAAGUCGUUUUUUUCAGGUCCUUCCUUAUUUUUUUAAUAGAAAUGUGGACAGUAGAACUGAGUGAUUAAACAAGUUUCAAUUUCAUUAUGAUUUUAGCUUCACUCGAUCAUGAACAUGUCAGAUCUGUAGAUUUACACUGUGUGAAGAAUUAUUAGGAAAGUUGUAUUUUUGAGAGUUAAUGUUAUUUUUGAACAACUACUGUGAUCUCGAUCAAUCUAAAAUGUUAAUAAACCUCAAACCUGAAUAUUUAAGAGAGUAAAAGUGAGAUUUUGGAUUUCUUUAGGAGAAUAUCUACAUGUGCACAAUUAUUGGGAAACUAUUAGUGAGCAGAAUUAUUAUGCAGCUAAAUUAAAAAUGAGAAUGUUCCUCUCUAACUUUUCUAUUUUCAUUCCUUAAAGUGAGAAUAAUAAUAAUUUUUUUACAUUUAAAAUAAAAUCAUUGACCCAUAUAUCCACCCUUCUUAUCAAUAACAGUCAUGAACCUUCAGUUUGUGGAGUCUGUCAGUUUCUUGAUCAACCUCAGACUCCAGACUCUGAUCAGAGAGGUCGACUGUUUUCCUUCACCGUAAAUCUCCAGUUUAAGAAGGUCCCACAAGUUCUCAGUAGGGUUUAGGUCAGCUGAGGAAGGGGGCCACGCCAUCAUUCGUUCAUUUUUAAGGUGGAGGACUUCGAUGCAUGUGAUGGAGAAAUGUCCUGCAUCAAAAUCAAGUGUCUUCUGAAAACUGGCAGCAGGUUUAGGAGUUGAUUUUAAGUCCAUCUUCAACCCGAAAAGGUCCAACCAGCUCAUCUUUAAUAAUACCAGCCCAUACCAGAACCCUGAAGUGGAGCUCUGUACCCGUUACUGAUCCAGCCACAGGCCCGUCCAUCUGGUCCGUCAAGAGUCCCUCUGAUCUCAUUAGUCCAUAAAACCUUUAAAAAUCUGUCUUCAGCUGUUUCUCGGUCCAGUCUUGAUGUUUUAACUCUUGUGUUUUAUUCAGUGGUGGUCUGAUUUCAGUCUUCUUUACCUCGGUCGUGUCUCUGAAAACUGAACACCUGGUUCUUCUGGAGGAUGACGGGUUCCUGGUAUCUUCACGUUUCAGUCUUCUCAAAUCUUCGACAGUUAAUUUGCGUCUUUUUUUUCUCAACAUGUUUCUUGCAACACUGUCGACUAUUGGGAACAAAAUGUUUGAUAGUUCUGUGAUCAAUAUCCGAGCAAUUUCAAGAGUGCUGCAUCCCUCUGAGAGAGUUUUCAGAGUCUCUUCAAUCUCUUUUUUAUCGUGAGGAAAACAAGCUGCCUAAUAAUUCUGCACACUUUGAUUUAAGGUGUUGAUCUCCUUAGGCCUCACCCUCCCUCAUUACACAAAUUCACAUCACCUGAUAUACUUAUAUCCAAUAAGUAUUUCAGUUUAUCCAGGUUGGAGUUGGAAAAUAUGCAUAAAAAUGAUGAUACGGUCAAAAUAUUUGCCUGAUAAUUGUGCUCACAGUGUAGUGACUAUUAUCACUGUAAUAAAGUCAAAUCUGCUGAAGUAAUUGUUGAUGUAAAUGCCAAAUGAAGAUGAGCUGUUUUUCAGUGUCGGUCUAAAUAACUGCAGCUGUAAUCUAGCGGUCACGGUGAAGAGUUAGUUUUCCUCACAGUGGAUCAGCUGCGUGUUUGCAGGGAUAAUAUUGAGUCAGUGUUGUCUUACUCUCCACGGGAAGUACUGGUCGUCUUUCUUCCCGAUGCCCAAACAACCUCUCACAUUCUUCCCCCAAACGAAGAGCUCGCCUCGAUCUGCAGAGAAACCAUCAAACAGAAACGUCACGCUGUGAGGCCGGACACACGCCGAGGCGCCGCAGAGGCCGGCUGGAGUUCAAAACUUUCACAACAGAGAAAAAAACUAGAAACCAGAAAACUUUACAGAGGACCGACCGGAUUAGAUCAGAACUGCUGAAUGCACCUGUUUUUCAGGUGUGCGUUCAUUUCCAUGAGCUGUAACUACGAGGUUUAACUACGUGAAUGGAAAAGAACAGUGACCCUUAAAUAGUUCUUCUGGAUCAUGUUGGAGUUAAAUGUUCAUUUCUCUGGUUUUUAUGUUUUUUCUGAAAGGAUUCCCUGACUCUGUGUCUCGGCUCUCCUUCUGUCUCGGGUUUAAAAGUUUAAGUCUGACUCAUAAAAACAGGAUUUCACUUCGUCUCGGUCGAUCUCUCUCUCUGUUCACGUCAUCACAUUUACCCAGAGACUCCGGCCCGUCUCUCUGGAAGCUGCUUCAGAGAUAAAAACCAGACAGACAAAAGGACAGACGCUUUUUUGUCCUUCAGAUUAAAUGACCUGACUCGACAGUGAACUCCUUCUCCAGACAGACUUUACGUUUUCGUCUCUUAUCCUGGUUUGAAACAGACGAAGGUCGACUGAUCGUGGAUUUAAAUAAAAGCCGUUUCUCAGGUGAUCUGAUCAGACUGAGAGACGUCACGCCGUCCUCACCUGUCACUGCUGCGAAGUGCUGGAGGCCACACCUGACUGCGGUGAUGGCGGCCGAUGGGGUAAACUCCGAGCGUCCGAACAGCGUGGGGGGGAUCAUCUCCGGGGUCGAGGAUUCGGAGAGACGGGGGCCUUUUCCCAGGAUGCCGUACCCCCAAACGAAGACCUCUCCUUUAUCUGCGAAGAUUCAGAGACACGUGAGCAGACGGUUUAAGUGGAUGAAGUUAAAGGGUUAAUAUAUAAUAAUUCAGAUAUUAUAAUCCAUGUUUAUUAACCACCUUUAAGUCGUAUAAAUCUGCAGGGUCCCUCAGUUUUUAUCAUUUUUUUUCUCACUUUCUUUCAGCGACAACAGAACAAGUGUCCAAAAAAGUCUCAAACCAUCAUCGUAACUUCCUGAAAACUUCGCUUUGUCUGGAUCUGCGGUGAAGUUCAGGCUCAAAAGAUUUAUUCAGAAGUAGAAGACGGAGACUGAGAGUCUGGGAAAGACUUCUUACUCCGCGUCUGACUUGUGUUUGAGGGACGCAGACUCACCGUUGAGAAUGGCGACCUGUGUCCCUCCACACGCGGCCUGAACCACCUUCCCACAGCCUCUCAGAGGAAGAUGAUGAGGAGAGUUGAUCUGAAAUAAGAGAUCAGGAUCUUAAGUCUGCAGGACUGUAAAACACGGAUUUUCAGCCAUGAGGAGAUUUAUACUCAAAACUUUCACUGAUUCAUGGAACAGGAUUGGCAGCAGAAGAUUUCAUGGCGUGAAUUUUAUUAUAAAAUCUGAUUUAUGACAGACGGGUGUUCUCAGAGGUUUACAACAGCAGAGUUCGGUGAGGUUUUGUAAAAUUCAGGCUCAACAUGUUCGCCCCUCGGUCCGUCUGUGUUUAAUGGAGACUUCAGUGAAAAGAGGAGCUUUGGACAGAGUUUUUAAAACACCUGAACGAAUGAAAAUCUGAGCUGAGCCGCCUCACAGAAACCAAAGUAUAGAGUCUUUGGAUCACAUAUGUCAGAGUCAAGGCUUUUUACGGCCCCUGGGAUGAUCUUGAUUUAUUAUUAGAACCGGCCCGCAGACCGCAGCAAGCCGGCAGCCCGCAGAUCUUUUACACGCACCAAUACUACAUUUCCCACAAUGCAACGGUGACGCACCGAGCAGUAGGCUGCUUCAUUUCAAUAUUUAUUAGCACAGCAGUCGUCAGCAUAACAGUAAAAUUAACUUUCAGAUGCCCAUCAAAAAUGGCAAAACGGAAGGUGGACACUGAGAACCGGGGGUUUCAAACAAGGUGGGAGUCGGAGUAUAUGUUCACGGAGGUAGCUGGAAAACCUGUGUGUCUUCUGUGUGGAGAAAGUGUGGUGGUACUGAAAGAGUAUAAUCUGAGACGACAUUAUGAAACGAAACACAUUUUUAUUGUAUUUCAAUCCAAUUAUAUUUUAAAAAUAUUUCAGUUGAGUGGAUGAUCGAAAAUUGCUGUUAUUAUUUUUUUCUUUGAAGUAAAUUUAGCCCACUUUUGCUAAAAUAGAAAAUAUAGGCUACUGAUGGUGCCUUGAAUAAUACCGGUUUCUUUCAUUUAAUGUUCAUGUUAUGGGGAUUUUUAUAUAAAGGAAAUUUGUCUUUUGUGUCUGUUGAAAAUUAAAGAUUACUGACAGAGCCAUAAGAAAAUAUUGCUUUAUUUAUCUGAUUGUAUUGGAAUAUAUUUGUUAGGUUUUCAGUAGGUUCAAUUAGUUUAACUAGACUACAUGCAUCAUUUAAAAAAUUUUCAAUGAACAUUCGAUCAGUCCGGCCCUCGGCUUGUAGCUAAAUUUUUUAUUUGGCCCUUCGUCCAUUUGACUUUGACACCCCUGCUUUGGAUCCUCACCUGUGUGGACUCGGUGACCGAGGACAGCUGCAGGUACUCGGAGUUCCCCCACCCAAACAGCUCUCCGUCUGAAGACACGGCCAGGCUGCAGUCCCCGUAUGUGCUGACCUGCUGCACCUUCACCCCCGCCAGAUCCCCUCCCACCUCCACGGGGCUGGAGCUCACGCUGUGGUGUCCCAGACCUGGACAGCAGUGAAGGAAAACACCGAUCAGACCACAGAGCUGUCGUCUGUCUCUGUUAAACCCCCUGAAUCCUGAAGAGCACUGACCCGUCUGUCCGUCUGCGCCCCAUCCACAUGAGAAGACCUUCCCUGUCUCGGUGAGGAAGAGGCUGUGGUCCUGUCCACACGCCACCUGGACAGACAGACAGAUGGAUGGACGUCAACUACAGUCGGGACACCAGCUAACAUCCACUCAGUCAAUACGUACAGUCUCAGUUUAAUCAGACUAAACUCAUAAUUCUCUUUUUUUCUCUGAAUCAGACUUCUCUCCUCGUCCUCGUUUACAUGCAGCUGAGAAAAUCCAAUUAUUGACGUGAACGUGUCCUCCUCCCCAACACUAGGGGGCGACCUUCAGUUGUCCGGUCUUAAUCGGAAUAAGGCGAUAAUUCGGUUUUCUCGAGUGUCAUGAAAACGGACUGAGUGACGCACAUUUAGAUCUCCACCCAAAUAUUUAAACAAGUUCCCAAAGCAAACGUAAACUAAUUUCAAACAUGAUCAUAAAUCUAAAUUCUUCAGAGUCAAGUUCGACCGAACUUCGAGCGUAAAAGUCAGAUUUUAAGAUUGAGCGUCUCUGAUAUUAGCGUAGAGUUAAAUUAGCUCCUCGUGUAUAAACAGCGAGGUGGAGUGUGAUCCUCGCUGACGGUCUUUUAGAGGAAGAGAGAGAGGAGAGGAUCAUCCGUCAUCAGAGCUGCUCUCACCUGGACCACUCUGCUGUCAAAACCAUCCAUCUUAUGAAUGAUGUGACUGCCGCUGUUCAGACCGGAGAGAGAGAGAGAGAGAGAAUCCAUCACUGCAGCCGCGCUGUCACAACGUCUACUUUCAGUAUUUUUCACUUGAUUUAAGGCUCAAAAAUAUCCAGUCUAAUGAAUCUUUAUGCAGGUAGAGACGACAGACUGUUGGUUUUUAACUGAACGGGGAUAUCUUUGUGUCUCACCUGUAGACUUCAUCUUCGACGAUCCUCCUCCCACACUGUCCGUACGCGUUAUUCCCCAUACUGAAAACUGUCAGAGAGAGAAAACACAGAAAACAAGAGGAGGUAAAAAUCACAGAUUGAUUUAUUUGUUUCCCCGCUGACUUCACUUUUGUUUUAGGGGCAAAAGUCUGAGACUGAAUCGACGAGUUUGCACCAUAAACGAGCUGAGCGUGACCGCCGAGCUUCGUGUUUUUCUGCAGAGAUUCAGCGACUGAAGAAAAACGACUUUGCUUUUAUCCCUCAAAGGUUUAGGAACUUAUCUGGUAAAUAAAUGUAACCGCAGUGUCGCAGCAAAGGAUGUUCAGGUAGAGAAGGAUGAGUCUGCUGUCGAUUCCCCAAACAGCGGUUUCUGUGAACUUUCAUCCAGACAGGAGGAAACGGCGACUCUCUUACCUCCUUCAGAGUCUGUAAGGACCAGAGAGUGAGCGCGGCCGCAUGACACCUGAACCACCCGGGUCUCCUGAGGUUCAGCGAGAGGCAGAGCUACAGGUGAGGGCUCCAGGACGUAGUCGUAGCUCUGAUCUGCAGACGUUAAAGAGUCAGAAAAACAGGGUGAGGAGAAGAUGCUGCACUGAUCUAAUAUUUAAGAUACUGAAGGUUAAAGAGCGUCUGAACGAAAGCUCAAUUUUAUCUUCUGACACCUUCAGCAUUUUAAAACCCUCUUGAAUCCUCCUUUUAUUUUGAAAAGCUGAGUGUCACCUCGUUUUUUUUCUACAGUGAAGGAAAACUGUCAACGCUCUCAACAGGAAACGAGGUCUGACUCACGGCGGCUGUGUUGCGUGCGUUGGAAGCCCAGCUGAGAGUCCUUAUUCAGGCCCAUGCCCCACAGCUUGAUCACAUCUUUAGUCCGGGAGGCGAUGAGGGUGAAGCCGUAACCACAAGCAGCAGACGAGAUCUACAGAGGAGGAGCAGAUGAGUUCAGCCGCAUCACUUCUCCACACUUAAAUAAGCCGUUAAUAUAAGACGACAAUCAUCACGAGUCCUUAUUAUUCUGUCCUUCUGUGGUUCAUGACCAUGAAAAUAUCACAUCAUUUAAAUACAUCACAUAACAGAUCAAGCUCAGGAUCAUUCACUCAGGUGAAUUUAAUCCGCAGUGAUGCUGGUUUUCACCUGCUCUGUCGUCUCCAGACGGUAAGGCGUGAGCUGGUAUUUGCGGGGUUUCUUCCUGCCGCUGUCGGGAGCCACAAAGCUGGGGAUCCCCAGAGCGCCGGUGAAGCUGAAGCCCCAAACAAAGACUUUGUGGUUUGGUUUUCUGUGCUGGCCGACAUACUGAAAGACCGGAUCGCUGCUGGUCUUCUCCUGGGGUCUGGACGCUUUACUGAGAGUGGAAUAACCGCAGACCUGGAGUCCUGAAGUCAUUUGUCUGGGACAUAACCGCAAACAUGAGAGAGCCAUCCUGGGAAAAGAGACAAAACUGUUUUUAACAACUGGUAUUAAUUUAUCUCUGAAUAUCUUAGAAUAUAGUCAUAGAUCUGAUCUGUAGACACUAAAGAGUCAGAAAAACAGGGUGAGGAGACGCUGCACUGAUCCAAUAUUAGUGAUACCAGGUUAAAUUCUGCCUUAAAACUUCCUGGUUCACAUAAACAAAUAGACAAAACUGUGGUCUACUGAUGUGAACUCCACUUAUCAAUUAAAACUACAUAAUAAAUAAGUUAUUAAAUAUGCCGGUUGUGGUUUUAAGUUACACAUGGGGUGAUAUGAAGCGAAAACUAAAGUACGCCAAAUUCCAUUCACUUAAUCUUUGUAUUUUGCAGCCUACCUCUUCCAGACGAGACACUUUUUGAUAUUUUGAGUCUGUAGAAUUUGGAUGAAUUGUGAAGAUGUUUUCUUAAAUUCGGCAUGUAUUAGGUCGGCUAAUUAAGUCUACUAAUAAUUAAAUGUCACCAUUCAACCAUCCGGUGCAGCCCCGUUAGUUACCGUUACCGUUAAUUAGCGUUAGCACUCAGUGGCCAAUACAACUCAACAGAUUUAUGAUGUGGAGAUCAAAGUUAAACUUAAAUGGAUGAUGACUGGAAAAAUAUAUUAAUGCCGAAUUUGAAAGUCGAUUCUGAAGAUUAGAAAUCAGUCACUCGUGGAUUCAAACAUCAAGUUUAGGACCAGAAAUAUCAACGAGAACGAUAAACUGUCAGAUUCUUAAACGGAUUUCUUCUUCGUUUUUUUUAACACAUGUAUACGCAGCUUUAGAGCUCGUAUUUCUCUUACCUUUUAGCUCCUUGUUAAAACCGAGACUUUCCAACACCCCGAAGAACUAACUCAUGUUUUAAAUUAACUCAUAAUAAUUAUAGGAACUGAAAUUUGUUUCAAUGUCACAAACGCACGUUUGUUUACCCUCCUCACCCAGGAAGAGGAUGGUGCUUCUUCUUCUACGAUUCUACCAACGCUCAUUUUAAAGGACAGAUAGGAGCAGUGCGCCCCCGGCUGUGUGGAAAGUGUCAUACCUAUAAACAAUAACGAACAGUAUUACGCAAAUUACUCAAAUGAAAUAUUACUUUCGACUUUGAAUUUGUGCAAAAUCACCUUGAUAUAAAAACUGUUAUGUUAUUGUUAAUUUAAUUUGUUCGAUAACAAGUAUUUUAAUACAAUUUAUAGAAGGAAACAAACAUCUUACCACAUAUAAAACUCAUAAAUUACAACGGUAAUGGAUUUUCAAAUGUCCAAUAGAUAAAAUCAAAAUAAAGGAAAAUACUAAAAGAAAGUGUGUGUUUAAA